CAAACCAACAGCGUGUUGUCAAACAGAUCUAGAUAACUUUGUCUCCGUUAGCUUGGAGUCAUUUUUUCGUCCUUCAUCAUGUCAGGGUUUAUUUAUCCACCGGAAAGUGUUUACAAUUUGUUACCCAAGGAAGAGGUUCAUACUCAGAGGCCACCCAGGUAUAUGUCCAAGUUCAGGCCAGCAGUCAUUCUUGAGAAGAGAUCUAUCAAAGGGGCCAUGAAGACGAUGGGACCAGCAAAAGUUGAAGUACCGCCCCCGGACAAAUACCUCAAGAAGCAUUCAAAUGACUCCAAAUUACCUGAAAUUACGCAGUGUUCUAAAGAGGGUCGAAACACCUGCGCUGUGAGAAAACCUCCUGUUCCUGCGAGGACAGACCAGCCACUUAUGGGCUUUCACACGAAGAGGGACUUUAUAAAGACAGCUUCAGCUGUGCCAAUGAAGCCCCGGCCUGCAUGUGUAGACACAAUCAAGGGACACAAGCAGCCCCUUGAGAAAUCAGGACUCCUCCCGGAGUACAUUAAGAAAAAGGAUUACGGAGAAGUACCUGAGUACCUGAAACAGCGCAUUGAGGAAGAGCAAAGGGCUCAUGAGGAGAAUUUAAGAUUUUUGAAAGACCAGAGGGAGCAGGGAGCCAUCAGACAGCUGUCUGAGGAGGAGCGACAGAGCCUCAUCGAGGGCUUGAAGCAGAACUGGGAUCAGCUGCACCACGAUUACCAGGGCCUCUCACUUGUCACUGACACCAUGAAAAAGAAAGCCCAUAAGCAGCGCCUGGAGGACUCCAUGAAGCAGCUGGAGACUGACAUGAAAUCUUUGGAGAGGUUCAAGACCAUCUACAUACCCAAAAACUAGGACAUAAAAUAAAAUCUGACUAAAUCAGAUUUGGGGUGCUGAAAAAACCUCUAUUCCUAAGACAAAAAGAUUUCACCUCAA